AUGAAACUGGUUUUUACCAUUCUACCGAUUUUUAUCUCGCUCGGCACAGGUACACUUUAAAUCAUUUCUGCGGUCUACAAAUCUCGCGGCCGCUUCAGUCUCGGUAAUUUCACAGGGCCGAUUGUAUAUCGCUUGCCACCGAACGAGCCUUUAUUUCGAGAAAAGUCUGUUUCAAUUGAGCACUCGACUGAAAACAUUCUUCUUCCUAUUACAUCUGAAGUUAUUUCUAUUUUGUUUUUUCGCUACCAUGGAUGUAACCGAACAAACUAGUUGUACUGAAUGUCGUAUUCAUGUUUCGGAAGCGUUUUUAUACGUUUAUUGAAAUAAUCCACUAAAGCAUAGCCAUCAAGUAUUUUACUUUAUUCUGCUCAAAGUCAUUAAUAUCCGCGCUUUAAGUAAAGCUAUGAACAUAAGGAUAAUAUGACAUAAUUAUGAUAAGUCAAAAUUAUGGUAAAUUCCUGCUUCAACGGAUCCUACAUUUACUUCUACAAACUUCGGUUUAAAAGUCCGUUCUCCAGGACUUUUCCAAGUUUCCGGAAGAAAUACCAUAACGUAUUAUUAAAAGGAGGCUUUUUGGAGCACGAGCAUUUAUUUACAGUGAUUUAUUGAUAAUUCAUUCGUCGCUCCUCUUCUUGAGAACUGAGCCGCGCUAAAUUGAAUUAACAGUUGCUGUUUUUGAGGCGACCAAAAAACUGAGCCGAAUUCACUCUAUUUUUAUCACCAACUGCAUGUAACAAGUUUCAUCUGUUCAGAUAAAUGGAAUCGUGAGUAUUCAAAGGAAGUUGUUAGACCUUUCAACUCUUUAGAUAAACAGAAUAUUUUAAAGGAAACAUUAUCGGCAAAAUAACAGGGGCACCCAACGACAAUUUUCGAAAAAUAUCUGUUCGAAAGACGAUUUGAGAUCUAGAAUUUUCGGAACAUUUUUUCCAAAAUUUCUUGCUUGUCUGCCUCUCCUAGGAUUUUCGAACAUCUAAAAAAUGGUAUAAUUGCCCAUUUUUAACGGAUUUUUGCCCUAAAAAGGUCACCUAGAAUUUUCGGGAGCCUUUUUUCUGGCUGAAAUUUUCGAAGAGGUAAGUUUUGAUCCCUAUAAUUUUCGGAUCACUAGACUUUCAGCUAGGAAAUCCAAACAGAUGAUAAAUUUUUAGGGGAUAAAAAUAUGCCUAUAUCUACCAUGUGAAUACUAAAAUACGUUUAACAAUGCUAUGUUUAAGUGGUUUUGAACUACAUUCUCGUUGGGUGCCCCCGAAAUAAAUCAAGGACAAAAAUUGAACCUAAAUCAAAUGCCUUAUGGACAUGUAAUUUGUACAAUCACUGCCAAUAAAUUUGGUAGCCGUUAACCACCAUUUCUAUUUAUACACUUGAUUCACGGAGGUUGUAAACAUUUUGAUAUUUGAUAAAAAAUUCACUGGCGGUGAAUUAGCUAUUUUCACCAAGUUUUAGUGAAAAACGGUGAACUGUUCUUUUUUUCUAACAGUUCAGUCGGACGAUAAAUUCAAGCGAGAUGUCACUGAUGCGGCAUUGAUGACAACUCUACGAAGUAUUGAACGCAUACUAAAAUUUGGUUAGUAAUAUCAAGCAAAGAUUAUAUUUUGACUCCAAUUGGUUAGAGUUUUCUGAUUUUGGUAAGGGUUUGAAGGGAAAAUUAGCCAAGCAUAUGAACAACGGGUAACAGAUCUAGAACCACUUUUUUGACCAACUAGCUCUAGCCAACAAACCAACACCCUUUAAUUAAAUAGCUUAACCGUAGACUUGCUAUGGUGAGCUGACUUUCUAAUCGGGUACAAAACUUAAGAGAAACCUUAGGGAUAACCCCACCAAUGUUCAUAGAAAUAACCUUUGUUUUGUUUUCCAUUGAAAAGGUCCUUGUCCCAGUGACUGGACAUAUUUUAGAGGCUACUGUUACUUGGUGAGCAGUUCCAUCAAGACUUGGCACCAGGCCCAAGCCUACUGCAAAGGACUGGGAGGAGAUCUGGUGAAGAUCAACAGUGAAGAAGAAAACGAGUUUGUACUGAAGCUGGUUAACAAGCGCGCCCCGUCACUGCGUCAGGUUUGGUUGGCACUGGAGUGGAACCAGCAAAGAAAAGCGUUUAUCUGGGCUGACAACUCAAUUCCGACAUUCAAGAAAUGGUUUCCAGGUGAGCCGAAUGGAAAUGCUCAUGAACCAUGCAGCAAUUUUUGGACCAGGGAAAAUCCCCCCGGAAUAAAUGGACACUGGAAUGACCUAUCCUGUUGGAAUCAAAAUGUCCCCUGUGGUAUUGUCUGCAAGAGGCUGCCUUAG